AUGAUUAGAAAAUUGGCUGAUUGUAAUGACCUUUUACUCCCAAAGACUGAUUGUGGAGAAGCGCGAAAAGUCGAGUAUUCGAUCUCAAAAAGUGAUCACCGUUCCGAUAUCGCUGUUUUGAGAGCCAUUGCCAUCAUCGCCGUUUUCGCCUUUCAUUUCUAUCCAAAAAUUUUCCCUCAAGGAUUUUUGGGAGUUGACAUCUUUUUCGUGAUUUCUGGCUAUUUAAUCAUGAGAAUUCUCUCGAUUUCUGAUUCUCCUCCAUUCAAGAAAAUCUCCACUUUUUACUAUCGACGAAUCAAGAGAAUAUUUCCGCUUUUCUAUUUAGUUUUAGCAAUUACAGGCUUUGCCAUGUUAUUUAUCUAUUCUAUUGCCUGGACUCGCCGAUAUUUUCCAUUUUUCUCUUCUUCUGUCUAUAUGCGUUUGAAUUUGAGAAUGGAAACAUUUGACAUGUCAUAUUUUGAUCAAAAUGGAACCGGCCCAUUACGCGUGAUGGUCAUUGGGAACUCGUAUGCACCGCAGAGAGCUUUGGUUUUGAAUAAAAUUUUCCCGAAAACCAUUCGCUCCACACUCGAUUUGGUGGCCUAUCCUGGGAAAGUGAUCUUGUAUCAAAAGUUUUCUAAAGAUUUUGCCAUUUACCUCUGGGAAUUGAUCGAGAAACGAAAACCGCAUUUUGUUUUCAUCUCAAUGAGAUACGUGAAAGCUAACGGUGAUUUUGAUCCAUUUGAAGAAACCGAUCGACGGACGAAGAAAUAUUUGAAUGCUAUUCAACAUUUGAGUCUUCACUCUCGAAAGAUUUUUAUCGAAACGGCUCUCCCAUUCCAUUGUGAACCAUUCGUCGAAAUAAAAAACAUCGCAAACACUGAAGAUUUCUUAAACGAUUUUGUCGAUCAUUUAGAAAGAAAUGCGACUUUGGAAAAACUCAAUCUAUCAGUUGAUAAAUCAUUUUUCGACGCUGGCCCAGCGAUCAGACGACUCGAGUUUAUUGCGAAAAAGUGCCCAAAAUGUCACCUAAUUCAUCUAGAAGAACCAUAUUUUGACAAAGAAAAGGAGAUCUUUCGAAUGUUUGAUCCGAUUUCUCGAAAAGCCUAUAUCGACAAUCGAUGCCAUUUCACUCCAAGCGGGCUUCAUCUACAAUUUGAACUCUUUCGCAAAGCUGUUCAACCGCAUAUCCACAAAUUCUUACGAGAAAAGCAUUUGAAA